CUAGUUGGUCGUGGGGAGUCGGUUGUUUUUGAAAGUCGGACGCUGAUUGGCUGAACGACACAGGCUCCAUCUGUUUAAACCAGCGUGCGGGAGUGUGUUCAGUUUGAAUCAAAGAGCAGCUGGGCUCGGAGACCAUCUCACGCACUGUCAGCAGUCAUGGCGUCACAGAACAUGGACCCCGCGGCGACUGCAGCUUCCUCCACAGCCGCACUGAAGGGCAGCGAGAGCGGCGGCAGCGCGGCAAGAGGCUCCGUGACCAAACGGCUGCAGCAGGAACUCAUGACUCUGAUGAUGUCUGGUGAUAAAGGGAUUUCGGCAUUUCCAGAAUCUGAUAAUCUCUUCAAGUGGGUCGGAACCAUUGAUGGAGCUCAGGGCACGGUGUACGAGGGUCUCCGGUACAGACUGUCCCUGGAGUUUCCAGCUGGGUAUCCGUAUCAGGCUCCUCGUGUAAAAUUCAUGACACCGUGUUUUCACCCAAAUGUGGAUGAUCAGGGCUUCAUCUGUCUCGACAUCCUGAAAGACAAGUGGUCAGCGCUGUAUGAUGUUCGCUCCAUCCUGCUGUCAAUCCAGAGCCUGCUGGGAGAACCAAACAACGAGAGUCCUCUGAAUACAGCUGCUGCUGAGCUUUGGGACAACCAGGAAGGCUUCAAAGCUCAUCUACACUUAACAUUCCAGAAGUGAAGCUGCUCCAAAUUUUAUUGUCUGUUGUAAUUCUUUGUAUAAUAUUUCUAUGUUUGUUCACCUUCACUGCAUCAAUAAAGUUCUUAAAUCAGU